GCCGCUAGAGGACGAGCGCGAGUCUGUUUGCCUUCCCAGCCAAACAUAAACCCAGGGAUGAUGGUGUUAUUCCGGAAUGGCGAACGCUCGCGCGUUGGGAUUACACCACCAAUAAAGACAAACAGAGCACACAUCUUUGGGAAGCACUGAAAGGAACUCGACGCUAAACGUGCAUACAGCGAGAGACGGACGCGAAAGACGCGAGCGGCAGGGAUCCAAGUGGCUGCGGAUCAAAUGAAUGUCGCUGGCCGCCAAACGAGCGUGUGCGAGUCGCCGAAACCCGGCCAGUAAUUGCGCCGCGAAACGAGAGCGUUCCGAGGCGGGUGUGUCGCGCCACGCGUGCAGAAGAUCGCGUGCGGAUCGCGCUGCUCGCCAGCGUUCUACCGCGCGCGUGUGUGAAGGUGAACGGCCGCGGCCGUCGGAGUCGCGUUGUGUGUGCGGCGCCCGUCAGUACGCGGCGGCGGGGAUGCACGCCGUGCGGGCCUCGCGUUCACUGGAAGCAGCGGAGCUCGACCGGCGGAUUUUUUCGCUAAAAGCACGGGAUUCUGUGGGUUUGCGGGGGGUGUUCAGCGGAGCGCGCGUGCGAGCUGCUGCAGUAAUCUGACUGUCAACACUGGGAACCUUGCUGCUUAUUCAUCAGUGCAUGCACUUUAUUUGCGUCCCACCACUGUGUGUAAAGCGGCUGCUCGCGUCAUAUUCCCCAGCCUUUGCGUUUGAAAAGCUCCUCUUGCAUUGCAUUGAAAUCAGUAGCUCCAAAGUCCAGAAUAACCUUGCUAAAAACACUAGCACCAACUGACUGUGAGUCACCUCGACCCCUAAUACACUGCAGUGAAGCCACAGGGCACGGCAGCAAAGCCGAUUCCUCUCAUUCGGACUGCUUGUGUUGCCUUCCCCGCGGUCUGUUCAUGUUUUUAAAGCGAUCCUGAAGUGGGAAGAUCUCCAGAGAUCAAACAGAAAUGUGGCGUAUUGAUCCUGCAUGUUCCCCUGAGAGAGAGUCUGGCUGUUCUGAAGCUGCCAAACACUAAGUAGUGAGUUCCACUGGGUUUAUGUGGACUUUGGGAGUUUGCUUUUUCAAUGGGACGAUGCUGGUGAGGAGGAUCACUGUGUUUCCCCGAAAGGAACUUUGACCCCUGAAGCGGCGAAAGGACAAAACUCACCUCAAGGAGUGGGAAGAGGAAACACGACUAACCCUACACUAAUGACAUGAUCUCAGACUGACAGAAAAACCACUACACUAGUAAUCGGACAAACCUCACAGCCAUGAGUGUCCGACACCCGACCUCCACGCUGGAUAGGUUGAGCAGUUUGACGUUGGGAGACUCGGAGCGCAGGUCUUCUCCUGGCCAGCAGAGGGAGACGCUGUCUGAUCUCCCCUCAGACAACGCAGGGACGGGUUUAGUCCAAAGAUGUGUGGUUGUGCAAAGAGACAAUCUGGGGUUUGGCUUCACCGUCUGUGGCGAGAGAAUCAAACUAGUGCAGAAUGUUCGGCCAGGUGGAGCGGCGGUCAAGGCUGGAGUUCAGGAAGGAGACCGAAUCAUUAAGGUCAAUGGUUCAUUGGUUUCGUCCAUGUCUCAUCAGGAAGUGGUGAAGAUGAUCAAAUCCGGGACGUAUGUGGCGUUGACUCUUCAGGGACCGCCUCCUUCAGUCGUGUCCGUCCCGCUUCAGCCCCUCCCCUCUGACCUCUUGCCCAAUCACAGGACAGCACCUGGUGAAGCCCCGCCUCCUCCACCAACUCCACCCACAGGAAGCAGCACUCCGACUCAGAGAAUUACAGGACCCAAACCAUUACAGGACCCUGAGGUGCAGAAACACGCCACAGAAAUCCUGCGAAAGAUGCUGGAGCAGGAGGAGGCAGAGCUGCAGAACCUUCUGGAGGAACAGUCUCGAAACCCCUCGCCUUCAUUAGAGGAGCGGAUAGAAAGUGCCAAACGAAGAGCCAAUCAAGUCCGAGUGAAGAUCCGGCAGGAUGUGGAUGGCACUCGAUCAGAAGCAGUCGCUAGCUAUCUCACAGCUGGAGAAGGUCGGUUAUCGAUGGACUCCAGCGAAGGAGACGUCGAGGCGUGUGAGAGUCCCUUCUCCUCCCCGUCCACCUUCCCCAGGAACCCUCUGCUCCGCCGGCAGGGAUCCGACACGCACCCCUCGGACUCGGGAGGGAAGACGCAGAUCAUUGGACCAGAGGAAGAAGAGGAGGAUGAUGGGUAUUCGAUCAAUGAGAUGGACGGGCCGUUUCAGGACAUCGAGCUGCUGAAGAGUCGUCCGGCUCACAUGACGGUCUUCAUGAGAUACGUGUUCAGUCAACUACUGGAUCCAAACCCGCUGUUGUUUUAUCUGUCUGUGGAGGCGUAUCUGGGCUCGAGCCCUAAAGACGCCCGUUCGCUCGCCCCUCAGAUCUGCUCGCACUUCCUGGACCACGAUGCCCCUGUGAAGAUUAAAGUCCGGGAGGAGUUUCUGACAGAUAUAGAGAGUCGUCUGCACGCGCAGGAGGACAUCCGAGGGCCGCUGUCUGAGCUCCAGCAGCAGGUGCUUCCAGAUAUUCAAGAGCAGCUUCAAGACUACAGGAGCAAACAGACGAUGGGUCUGGGCUCUCUGUUCGGAGAGAGCGACCUGCAGCAGUUAGACGGAGACCCGGUGAAAGAGCGGCAGGUGGUGGACAAACAGGUGCUGGCGCUCUGGGACGUCCUCUCAAAACACGAGGAGGACAGAAGUUCUCCGCUAGCGUCUGCAGUUCAUCUGUAUCUCAGACACUCGGGCAUUAAACUCAGAGACUCCAAAGUGUUUCCCGGCUUGAUGUCCGAGAAGGAAAAGUGGCUUCCGUUCUUUCCUAAAGCUAAAAAGCUGAGCAGCGCCAGACGAGAGAAGGACGGAGACGACAAGAAACGAAAUCCCAUCCUGAAGUACAUCGGAAAACCCAGAAGCACGUCCCAGUCCAGUAAACACGCACACACACACACACACACACACUCUCUCACGAGGUUUGUGUGGCGUCUGAUGCUCUGCUGGUGGUCUGCAGAGCUGUUCACCACGGAGGCGUCUCACCUGCGGACGCUGCGGGUUCUGGAUCAGGUGUUUUAUCAGAAGAUGCAGAGCGUCCUCAGUCCAGAAGAGCUGUCCUGCAUCUUCCUGAACCUGCGCCUCGUCUACGAACUACACGCGAGCUUAUGUGAGGCCAUGAAGAAACGCAGGGAAUCGCCGGUCGUUCAGGGCAUCGGAGACAUCAUGCUGGCCAGAUUGGAGGGAGAGGCUGGAGAUCAGUUCGAGGAGCAGGUGUCUCAUCUGUGCAGUCAGCAGAGUCAAGCGCUGGAGCUCAUCAAGAGCAAACGGCGCAAAGACCCUCGCUUCGCUCACCUCAUACAGGAGUGCGAGGCCAGUCCUCACUGCCGCAGGUUACAGCUGAAGGAUCUGCUGGUGGCUGAGAUGCAGCGCUUGACUAAAUACCCUCUGCUGCUGGACAACGUCAUCAAACACACAGAGACGGCGUCUCCGGACCUGCAGCUGCUUCAGAGAGCACAGGCCCGUUGCCGUGGGAUACUGCAGGCUGUUAAUGAGGUCGUCAGGGAGACGGAGCACCGGCAUCGGCUCGGCCAAUACCAGCGCAGGCUGGACCUGACGCCUCUGGGGCGGCUGGCCAAUCCCGUCGCAGCACAGUUCAAGAAUCUGGAUCUCACCACUAAGAGGAUGAUCCAUGAGGGGCCGCUCACGUGGAAAGUCAGCAAAGACAAAGCCAUCGAGGUGCAGGCGCUGCUGCUCUCGGAUCUGCUGGUGCUUCUUCAGAGGGCUGCAGACGAGCGGCUCCUGCUGCGCUGUCCGUCUCGCUCGCUGGGCGCUGCUCCAGACCUCAAGAUCCCCUUCUGCCCCAUCCUUCGCCUCGACUCCGCCCUCGUCCGCUUGGUUGCGACCGACAAUAAAGCGCUGUACGUGAUCAGCACGUCAGAGAGUCAGAUCUAUGAGCUGGUGGCCGGGACGUCGUCGGAGAAGAACACUUGGAAAGAUCUGCUGGAAAAGACUAUCGCUGCAGCGACUCAAGGAGCGGGAUCGAGCAAACAAGGAUCGCCAGUGCCGUCCUCAGAUGCGCGUUCAUCUGCCAAUCCGUUAGAUGCGUCGGAGUCGUCCGUGUGUCUGGAGCGGGACUCUGCCAGUGAUGAUGAAAGUGCUCUCACACUGACAGACGGAUCGGACGCACGCCGUCAUCAGGAUAGAGUCGGGUCACUCCGAACCAAAGCUGCUGUCGCCGAAGCUGCUCUUCAGGACGUGGAAACCCUCCGGCAGCUGAUCUUCAGAGACCUGGAGGAUGGGUGGAGUCAGGAUUCAGAUGACACGCCCACAAAUGAGACUGCCAAUGAAAGGAGUCCUUUGACAGACGGAGCGGGGGCGGAGUUCUCUGAUCCCGCCCCCAGUGAGAGGCCCAGCCAGUGGGGGGAGGAGUCUGUAGAAGCUCCGCCUGUGGAGGCGCUGCAGUCGCCCGUUCAGGUGGUGAGGAAAGGUAAAAGCUCGCCACCAUCACUGCCAAAAUGUGGAACAGCUUCAAAUUGAGGAUAUGAGACUAGCACAGACGAGCUCAAAGACUCCGACGCGUCUCACAACAUCCAGCAGACUCCAGACAUGUCCUUCAUCAGUGAGGAAGAGGAACAGGAGACGCCCUGCCUCUCUCCAACAGACCAAUCACUGACUGAGACCCUGAGUCACAGGGAAAGACUCGGCCAAUCACAGCCAAGCGUCCAGCGACAUGUGAUCAAAAACGUGGACGAGAUCUUCAGCACCAUGGAGGAGCUGAUGAGGAAACUGCAGCACCUGCGGGACAUUGAAGCCGAUCACUACACACUCCUGAAGAAGUUAAGAAAGCCCCUUCCUGUGGAUAAAAUAUCAAGCGAUCUUGUCUACAAGCCUCCCACAGCGGUCCGAAUGCCAUCACUGGACCGCGGAGCUGGAGAUGGUAAAGAGGGCGUCUCAACAGAACCAGCUCAGCCCGAAAUCCAGUCCACUGGUUUCUGACGGUUUACACUGGACCUGAUAGAGGACUUUCAUCUCGCGCAAACACACACUCCGCACUCUGUGAUGUAGCCCCUUCCCAGCAUGCCUUGCGCCUGGAAGCACCAUCCAGGCUAAAUUAUGUGUUUGUGUCAAUCAGAAAUUCGUGUCUCGGGACGGACGACCCUUCGGCCAGCGCUGAGAAAGAAAGGAGGAAAAAGAAAGUAGUAGCGCAUUCGAGAGAGAGAGAAUGAGAUGUUAUUGACGAAGAGCGUAAUUGUGAAGAGAUGCGCGAAGAACAGGAAGUGAGAAACGCAAGUGGAACGUGACCUAGCGCGGCUGAAGACAUGACUCUGUCCCGCGAAGGAAACCCAGCACUUUACCUGCUGUUCGUCUGUUUCUCGUCAGGAAACUCGUGGAUACAAACGGGCGACGUUUCGGCCGCGUAUAUCGCGAGCCGCGUCCAUUUACAGAUAAACUGCGUUGACAAAUUCAGGUUCUUUUGCACUGGGACCCCUGUGGAAAUACACAAGAGGGGGAGGGGGCGAAUAAGGAUGUCUCACGAAAUCAUUGUUCGUUCGUUAAUAUCGUAGCUUGUAUUUCAUUGCGUAACACUAUGCGAAAAAAAAAAAAAGGAAGGAAAACGAAAAAAGGUGAAGGUUUUGUUUUGAAGAUUUGUGCUCAAAUAUCAAAUGAACGUACGUUUGUUCGGUUUCUACGCACAGUUUAACACUAUCGCACAGUUCGUAACUGGACUCCCGUUUAUAUCGUAACGGGGGAAAAAGGGGCGUGUCUAUGAAUUCUGACAUCAUGUCAUGUGACCUGCAAGCUGACACAUUUGCAUUACGUGUAAAUACUGUGAACUUUUGUCGCUCACUGUUUGCGGUAGUUAAUUCGUAGCUCAACGGGUGCUCGAAACACAAAUGAAGGGAUCGGGAACUAAUAAUAAAAAAUAAAAAAAACGCAACUUUGCGUUUGAAAAACGAGCGUCUUUAUAAGUGUUUAAUUCGUACACCUAACCUGCCAAAGGAGGAUUGUUACCUCACCUCCUUUUAAGUUUGUUUUGUUUAUUUUUUAUUUUAAUAAUUGUUUUUGCGAGUUUAUGCGUGACUGCAGAACGUUUUUAACGCGGAUUGAAUUCGGCGGCGGUUGCUUGUAUGGAUAACUACUGUUAACUCAGGUGGAGAAAUGUAGAUGUGAUUUCUCUCGUUAGCUUUAACUCUUUCCCGUGCGUUUCCUUCUCGACUUUGGUUUCUUGCCUCAUUCCUCCAUCGUUCUACAUUCAUUCAUACUCGUCAACGGCUCGGCAAUUUGUACGCUGAAGAAACGAAGAAACCCAUGCUCGUGCGAACUACUGUACGUAAAGGUUUGUUUUUAUUUUUAUUGACAUUGACUCGUGUAAUAUAGUUGACAGCCUGUUUUAUAUGUUCAUUUCCUGUAAAGCUCUAGUCAUUU